AGUCAGUCAGUCAGUGAUGAUAUGACAGCGUGAGCUGUAGUGUUUGUGUUUCGCAAGUUAUAAAUCUCUAAAUUAUUCUUUUUAUCUUAUUUCUGAGUAACAGUCUGUAAACAUUACUUAAAGUAGUAGAUUUAUCAGUUCAAAAUAGACUAAUAAGAUAAACUCUCAUGUGUAAUAAGUGAACGAGUGUGUGAUGCGAGAAAUGCUGUAACCACGCUGCGCGGCGAUGAAACACUACUCCAAUGGCCAUAUGACGUUGAACGACUAUCUGAUGAUGUACCUGGCACGAUGGAAGCGGGUGGCAGUGGUAUUACUGGUCAUAUGGAUCGUUGUUACAUACCUCUUUAUAGCCCCUCUCAGGUGCACAGGUAACACAGACGAGGUGUCGGAGUUCCAGGAGAGGCUGAAGAGGGUGUCUUCGCAGCUGGACGUGCUUAAACAGCAACACAAUAACCUCAUAGCGCAGAUCAAGAAAUCGCCAGGGUUACGCAGUAAUCUCAAAGACCUAGACCCCAGUCUUCUCCUAGACUCAGGGCAGGGCCCAACCGAAGAAUACGAGAAUCUCAGACGUCGAAUAAACUCCAACACUAAAGAGCUGUGGUACUAUAUAAGCCAUGAGCUGAACAACGUUAUGAAGACCAGUGAAAAUAGAGAAGAGAAGUUAGUUGCUAUUAUGGAGCAGAUUAAUGAUAGACAGAGCUCCCUCCUCUCAGACCAAGAGAAGCUACCAGAGCUGGACGGCUACCACGAAUGGCGGAAAACGGAGGCGGCCAACGUCAGUGAUCUCAUACAGAGGAGAUUAUAUCACCUCCAGAACCCGCCUGAUUGCAAGGAUGCGAGGAAAGUCAUCUGUAAUUUAAAUAAGGGCUGCGGCUUCGGCUGUCAACUCCACCACAUAGUGUACUGCCUGAUAUUCGCGUACGCCACGGAGCGGACGCUAAUACUCAACUCCAAGGGGUGGAGAUACAACAAUAAGGGCUGGGAGUACGUGUUCCACCCCAUAUCCGACACGUGCACCAGCUCGUAUGACGACCCCGUCGUGCAGUGGUCAGUGUCCCACGACGCCAAAGUGGUAUCGCUGCUGUUCAUAGACUCGAUAUCGCAGAAGCCUAAAUUUCUACCUCUAGCCGUGCCUAAGGAUCUCGCUCAUAGAAUAAUCCGUUUCAAUGGCGACCCGUCAUCAUGGUGGAUCGGCCAGAUCCUCAAAUACAUUUUGAAACCACGGCUGGGUAUGCAGAAAGCCAUAAAUGAAACCAUCGCUAAGAUGAACUUCAAUACUCCAAUAGUUGGAGUCCAUAUAAGAAGAACAGACAAAGUCGGCACAGAGGCGGCCUUCCACCACAUACACGAGUACAUGUCGCAUGUAAAAAGUUACUACGACCAGCUCGAGCUAACGCGGCAUGUCGGCACCAGGCGGGUGUAUCUCGCCACCGACGACGCCAACGUCUUAGAAGACGCCCGAAAAAAAUACCCUACGUACUCGUUCCUCGGCGACCCGACCAUCGCCAAGACCGCCGCCACGCACCGCCGCUACACGCCCGUGUCGCUCACCGGCCUGCUGGUGGACCUGCACAUGCUGGCCAUGUGUGACUACCUCGUCUGCACCUUCAGUAGUCAGGUGGGCCGCGUGGCGUACGAGAUGAUGCAGGCCAACCGCGUGGACGCGUCCGGCAGCUUCUUCUCGCUCGACGACAUCUACUACUUCGGCGGGCAGAACGCGCACGACCGCGCCGCCAUCAUGCCGCACGAACCCGACAACAACCAGGAGAUCGCCGUGCAGGUCGGCGACCUAAUAGGCAUCGCCGGGAACCACUGGAAUGGUUUCGGUCGGGGCACUAAUAGAAGAACGAAUUUGAACGGACUGAUCCCGUGGUACAAGACGGCGGAGCACCUCGUGCUGUACCCCUUCCCCGAGUACAGGCACGUGCCCCUGCACGACGCCAGGCAGGGGGACUUAUAGACCCCGCCAUGUAUAAUACUUCAAUAGACCUCUGUGAUUUAAUUUUUUUUUAACCUUUUCGCCGCCACGUCAAUGAAGUGAUAGCGUCAUCAAUGCCACUUCAAAAUAUUUAUUUAACUUUAUUGCAAAAAAUAUAUACAACAAUGUACAAAUGGCGGACUUAAUGCGAAAUGACAUUCUCUACCAGUCAACCAUAGGGCCAAACUUAGGACACAAUUGGUGCAGAAAGAGAGAAAAAAAGUCAAUGAAUUCAAAAGAAAAGCAAACAAAUAUACUUAUAAACUACAUAAUAUAUCACAUAAAUACAAACAUACAUACACACUAUAAAUACUUUAAUUUAAUAUUAAUAUUAAUUUUGUACUUCUGAGGCCAGAAGAAGGAAAAAAUGUUAUGAGUUUCAGUAAAUUUUGCCAAAAAAAAUUUUUUUUUUUUUAAUUUUUAACGUGUUCAUACAUAAAAAGUUAAUGUUAUGGUAAAACUGGCAGUGAAAAUAUUUUUUUUUUGUAAAAACUAAUUCUUGCAAAGGUUACUUGUCACUUUUUGCCAUCUAUCAAUAUAGUACAUUACGAUACAAGUGCGAAAAAUAGGAAAUUCGAAACGAGUGGCGAUAAAUUAAAACACGACCGAAGGGAGUGUUUUAAAUCGACACGAAUUGCGAAUUACCUAUUCGCACAUGUAUCGUACAACGUUUUACAGUACAUAUGGCCCUUUAAAUGUUCGACACAGUAACGUAAUAUGCUACUUCUCGCACUAGUGCUAUAAAGUAGCCCCAUAUGUACUGUAAAGGAUAUUUAGACUACGCCCCAUAAUGGCAUCAUCGCGAUCAAAAAGGCGUUUUGCACUAAGUUACGAUAAGAUGUUUUUUUUUUACAUUGGUAUUAACUCUGUAACUAGGCGAAAUCCAGAAAAGUUUAUAUGACAUUUUAGUCUCUAAAUGUGAUCAGUAAUACACUGUCAAAAUCUUUCGGGGUCCUCGUGAGCUCCGUGUAUAGUCAUGCCGAAUGUGACAGAAUAUGUUAGAGACAGAAAAAAGCGUGACAGGGGAAGGGGGGAUCCAAAAACUCGAAAUUUUGUGUGACGUAUCACGUAAUUAAUGAAUGACGCCUUUGUGUUUUGAGCAAAUGUUUGCUCUUUUCAUUUACUAUAGGAGCAAGUUUUUCCAUUUACCGAACGAUUGCUCGCUCAGAACUGUUCAGAAAUCUAAGUGAACACGCGGUUAAACACAUUGAGUACCGGUUCUCUGUUCGUAGUCGCUUUCCUCUACAAAGCGGGAAAACGCUGGGAUCGGAUACGAGCGUGAUGAGCAUGGAUAUUUGUUCCCGAGUCAUGGGUGUUUCUAUGUAUUUAAGUAUUUAUAAAUAUUUAUAUAUAUUUAUAUAUUAUAUAUAUCGUUGUCUAAGUACCCUCAACACAAGCCUUAUUGAGAUUACUGUGGGACUUAGUCAAUUUGUGUAAUAAUGUCCUAUAAUAUUUAUUUAUAUAUUUAUCACUCGGCCGAAACGCACGAGAUUAAAAUAGUAUUUUAUACAAUUCGUGAUAUAAUAGAGAGCUUUUCAAUCGAGCACCGUGUUUAGGGUAACGUAGCUUGCUGAGUUGCCUAAGUAAGGUACGAAAUUGAAAAGCUUGAUUACAUCACUAAUGUGUACAAAUGUUAAUUUGAUGGGCUCAAAUUUUUAUAAGACAUCUAUUGUCAAAAAACUAAGUAAUAUUAAUGUAGCCCGUAAACCAGGCAGACAUUACAAUCGCGUAUGUAGUCUUUGCUAUAUGGAAAUGCUUGGUGGGGUACAAAAAGCGAUAAUCACGCUCGAUGUGGCAAAAAUGUUAACUUUUAUGGGCUCAAAUUUGAUUUAAAACAAACGCGAAAAUAAAAGAUACUACAAAAGUUAAAUGAAGUCGAUGCCAUGCGAUACCAGUUCACCAAUUGAAUUGAAA